AUGAAGAGUCUCCCCAGAACUCCAUUCAAAGGCAUUUCAGACGAUAUUCGAGGACGAGUAUCUUGCUACAAGCAGGAUUGGAUUGCUGGAAUUAGAUCCGGAAUAGGGAUAUUAGCUCCAACUACCUACAUAUUUUUUGCAUCUGCUCUUCCAGUGAUUGCUUUUGGAGAACAAUUGAGCAGAGAAACAGAUGGGAGCCUCAGCACUGUGGAAACUUUAGCUUCUACAGCAAUUUGUGGUAUCAUUCACUCGAUACUCGGGGGGCAACCACUUAUGAUACUAGGAGUUGCAGAACCUACUAUUAUUAUGUACAGUUACUUGUACAAGUUUGCUAAAGGGAGAGAAGAUUUAGGACAGACCCUUUACUUGGCUUGGGCCGGAUGGGUUUGUGUCUGGACAGCUCUCAUGUUAUUUCUUCUAGCAAUAUUCAAUGCAUGUUCUAUCAUAAGUAAAUUUACAAGGAUUGCUGGGGAAACUUUUGGAAUGCUUAUCGCGGUACUUUUCAUUCAAGAGGCAAUUAAGGGAUUGGUAAGUGAGUUCAGCAUUCCUAAAGCUGAGGACCCAAGUUCGGAGAAAUAUCAAUUCCAUUGGCUUUACACGAACGGACUACUUGGAAUCAUAUUCACCUUUGGUCUUCUCUACACAGCCUUAAAGAGCAGGAAAGCAAGGUCAUGGUGGUACGGCACAGGCUGGAUUAGAAGCUUCAUCGCCGACUAUGGAGUUCCUUUAAUGGUUCUCAUGUGGUCAGCUCUCUCAUUUAUCGUGCCAAGCAAUGUUCCAUCUGGAGUUCCUAGAACUCUCUAUAGUCCCCUUCCUUGGGAGUCUGCAUCUUUAUAUCACUGGACUGUAAUUAAGGACAUGGUGAAGGUUCCUCCAGUAUACAUAUUUGCUGCCAUAAUACCAGCUGUGAUGAUAGCCGGACUCUAUUUCUUCGAUCACAGUGUUGCUUCGCAAAUGGCACAACAAAAAGAGUUCAAUUUAAAGAAUCCUUCUGCUUAUCAUUACGAUAUAUUACUCUUGGGAUUUAUGACUUUGCUUUGUGGUUUACUAGGAUUGCCUCCUUCAAAUGGUGUCCUGCCACAGUCCCCAAUGCAUACUAAAAGUUUGGCUAUUCUUAAGAAACAGCUUAUCCGGAAGAAGAUGGUUGAAAGUGCGAAGGAGAGUAUCAGGCGAAAAGCUAGCAAUUCUGAAAUCUAUGGCAAUAUGCAAGCUGUAUUUAUAGAGAUAGAUAGUUCUCCUAUUAGUGCAGUAGCUAAAGAGUUGGAACAUUUGAAAGAGGCAAUAAUGAAAGGUGAAAGUGAAAAUGCAAAUGGCGAAAAGUCUAAUGGUAUAUUUGAUCCUGAGAAGUACAUUGAUGCUUACUUGCCGGUUCGAGUAAAUGAACAAAGAGUCAGCAAUCUAUUGCAGUCACUACUGGUAGCAGCAUCAGUAGGUGCUAUGCCAGUGAUAAAAAAGAUACCAACUUCAGUUCUUUGGGGAUAUUUCGCCUACAUGGCUAUUGACAGCCUUCCAGGAAAUCAACUGUGGGAAAGAACACUGCUUCUAUUUGUCUCCCCUGGCAGGAGAUUUAAGGUCCUUGAAGGGGUUCAUGCAUCUUUUGUGGAAUCAGUACCAUUCAGAUACAUUGCAAUCUUCACAAUAUUCCAAUUUGUGUACCUACUUUUUGUCUUUGGAGUUACUUGGAUUCCUAUAGCUGGCAUUCUCUUCCCCUUGCCAUUUAUUCUCCUCAUAAGCAUAAGACAACAUUUGCUUCCCAAAUUGUUACACCCUCGUCAUUUACAAGAGCUUGAUGCAGCCGAGUAUGAGGAAAUAGCUGGUGCUCCACAACGCGCACUUAGCAUCUCUUUCAGGGAAACGGAGACAACUCUUCCUAGAACUGAAGGCGAGAUAGAAAUUUGUGAUGCUGAGAUUUUGGAUGAACUUACAACAAGCAGAGGAGAGUUUAAAGUCCGGACUGUCAGCUUUAGUGAGGAUAAGCGCCCACAGGUUAUUCAUCCAACUGCAGACACAGAAUCUGAAUGAACAAAUUACAUGGCUCUAGAGUGUAUUGAAUCUUGAGUUGGUA